GAGUUCAUGUGUCUGCAUAACUGACGAUGCUUCUACACGUUCCGAUCAGCGCUACUCACCCCAUAUAUACUACCGUCACAUCUACUAGUUCGAUUCAUUCACCUCCAUCCGCCGGUCGUGCCUUCUGGCAGUGCAGCAAGGAAAUCCGAGUCAAUAGUAAUCAUUACAGCAGCGAUGCGCUUGCCUCAGGGCCCCGACGAGAGGGAUGAGCUGCAAGACGUCGCGCGUCAAGAGCGCGAACAUCAGCGCAUUCACGGCCCAUCAGACGAGGCCCUCUUGCGCAAGCUCGCCAUUCUCGCAAAGUCGAUCAAGAGAAAUAUGCAAUCACUUAGCCGGCGCGUGAUCAAUAAUAGCAACGAAAUGAACGAACAUGCCUCGACGACGACCGCCUCCGGAGCGUCAUCUCAGGAUGAUCCGGCUCCGCGGUUGCCCACCGAGGUCUGCGGACGGAUCAUUGACCACGUAGCCGCGGGACUGGGUCUCUACUACCCAUCUCUGGCUGGGAAUCCAAAUCUCCUAGCUCUUCAAUCGUGCGCACUAGUAUGCAGGGACUGGUACUUUCACACCUGGUACCACCUCCAUCGGCGUGUUUACCUCCGUGACCGGAACGACGUCCGCUCACUUGCCAGGACACUCCGCGAGAGACCACGCCUCCGCGGUGUUGUCCAACAGGUCGUCAUCUCGGGUGUGAUUCAACAUCUUGGAACGUUUGCCGCCAUGCUUGCCGGGAAGCUUCAGAAACUCUCGGAGAUCAUCAUUGAGGACGCGGAGUGGACCGUCGACUCGAUGAGGAUGGAAGACGUUGGAUAUCUCGCCACAUUUUACCGUGUCCGCACAUUAACUAUCAUGAAUGUCACCGUGCCGAGCAUUUCCCGACUGGCCCGCCUCAUCUCAGCACUCCCUGGCCUGAGAAAUUUGAGGUGCCGUGGUGUCGGGUGCUCGCAGGAACACCCAAUCUCUCCUGUCUCUCUCCCGCUCAACUCUGCAAGUUUGGAGGAGCUCGACGUGCGAUGGGUUUCGCCCACAAUUCAAGACCUCCUCGAGAAGUCAGGCUUUAUUGGAUGCAAGUGCGGCCUCGGUGGAAGUCCUCUGUCUUCUAAUCAUUGAGCCCGGCAAGGUGUCUUCCAUGGAUAGUGACGCCGUUGAUUUCACUACAGAACAACACCUCAACCUGUCACGUUAUGAAAGCUUGUGGCAAUUGCGGAUUUACC